AUGGACAAAUUUCGGGACCAUUUGCCACAGGAAGACCACCAAGAGUUUAGGACCCUGGCAGACGAAGGCAGGACGGUGGCCCGUAUGGUCUUUCAGGCGGCUUUAGACGUAGCUGAUUCAGCUGCAUGGACAAUGGCACCAGUUGUUAUGCGAUGGACUGUAUGGCUAAACAUGUCGGGCAUUCCACCCAAUGUGCAAACCUCCCUUCAGGACUUGCCCUUUGAAGGAGCGGAUCUUUUUUCAGAUCAAACGGACUCCAAACUGCAUAGUCUGAAUGAUUCCCGGGCAACUCUUAAGUCUCUGGGAAUCCAUACGCCCGGUCCACUUAGGCGACCCCUCAACCCCAAGCCUGCUACAAGGCAAUUUCAGCGGGGUUUUACCUAUGACCGCAGCAGAAGGCAGGGCCGACGAAGCCGCCUCUCCUGCCUUUCAGCUUUCGGCAUCAACAGCAUUUUGUACCAGCGCGGGGUCUACCCCUCGGAGACCUUCACGCGCGUGCAGAAGUACGGGCUCACCCUGCUGGUAACCACAGACCCGGACCUGAAAAACUACCUCAACAACGUGGUGGAGCAGCUGAAAGAUUGGUUAUACAAAUGUUCAGUACAACGGCUGGUUGUAGUGAUCUCUAGCAUUGAAAGCAGUGAGGUUCUUGAAAGGUGGCAGUUUGAUAUUGAAUGUGACAAGACUGCAAAGGAUGAAAGUGUACCAAGAGAGAAAUCUCAGAAAGCUAUCCAGGAGGAAAUUCGAUCUGUUAUCAGACAAAUAACUGCCACUGUAACAUUUCUUCCUUUGCUGGAAACAGCCUGUGCCUUUGACUUACUUAUUUACACAGACAAAGAUUUGGCAGUUCCAGAAAAAUGGGAAGAGUCAGGACCACAAUUUAUUGCCAACUCUGAAGAGGUUCGUCUUCGUUCCUUCACUACCACCAUUCAUAAAGUAAAUAGCAUGGUAGCCUACAAAAAGGAUACCUUUCCUUGACAAAAGAAAUAAUGCAGUCAAUGUCCAUGAACUGCCUUCUAAAACUGAUACGAUGAACUUUAAUUGCACUCUGAAUAGUGUUUUGUGUGGGUGUAUCUGUAUUUUACUAUUUAGAUCCAAACUCAAGUAAAAGAAAGGAAUUGUCUUGUUCACAUUACACUCUAUGCUGAGUCCUUGCUGACCUAUUUGAUCCUUCUACUGAGACAUAAAGGAUUUACUUAGGAAUAUGACAAUGCCUUAUACCGAACAGUAUGCCAAAUCAUUCAAAUCCAUCCUAUUUUGGACCAUCCAGAACAAUAUCAAACACUUAACCCAUCUAAAACCUGGAUUAGAAAGACUGCCUAGACAUAAGAUUUCCCUGGAAUAUUUUUUUUAAAUGGCAGCUGUUACGUAAUCUAAUACUCUGGAGCGCAUGUAUUGAUUAUGAGAUUGUAACAGACUUGUAAAAAUAUUCUGUUACUUUAGAAAAAUGGUUCUGACAAAUAGAUUGUUAAUACCAAUUUAGGUGGAUACUGGUAUACUGAAGAUGAUCCUACAAAUACACUCUUGAAGUCACAUCUAUUCUUCCCACCUCUCUGCUCCAUAAUAGAAACUAUACAAAUCAAUAAUUCUUAGGCAUGGAUAUGACUAUUCUGGUCAAUACAGAUAUUUUUGUGUGCGUUGUCUGUGUAGUUAACUCAUGUUAAUAUUUGUCUGGUCUGUAUUCAUGUUUUAUAGAAUAAAGCUCCAAUCUUUAAUAGGAAAA